UGAACAGCUGUGAGCGAUCGACGUUGGUCGGGAACGAAACGAACACAGACACAGAUACUCCACACGGACACGCAUAUAUAUGCAUACUUAUAUGCAUAAUUACAUACAUCGCAGUACAUGGGGGCUGCAUAAGAAAACAAGUACAACAAAAUCACAAAAAUAUACAACAAAAUAAAAACGUAAAAUCUUUUGCGUAGUUUAUUCGCUCGCGUCGUUCGUUUCGUUUCUUCACUUUACUUCACUCCAAUCCAAUCCAAUCCAAACCAACUCGUAUCUCAUCGCUUCGUUUUUCGUUGUGCUGCGCUGCUUUGCGUUGCGUUGCGCCGAGAGUUGCGUUGCUUCUUCAGCUCGAUUCGGAUUCGAUUCGAUGUUUAGUUUAGAUUGACCAGGACAAGAAGAAAUGCCCUAGUCUCGCGCGACUCCGACUCGGUGAAGAUAUAAGCAAUCUAGACCCCUAGAUAAACUCACUUACUAACUAAAUCUAGUAACGAAAACCUGUGUGCAUAAAUAACGUUGUGAUUAAGCAUAGCUAUAACUAAAUCGCCCGAUCCCUCACAGUUUUUUAAAAAACUUAUUGUCAAAAAAACAUUCGGUGCCAGCUGAAUCGAAAUUUCAAAAUAAAAUCUGCACGAAAACAUUAUCAAAAUAUUUGGUGUUUCAAAAUCAACACGUAAAACAAAUACAACCAGACGCGCGAGUGCGAGUGUGUGUGUGCCGUGCAGCAGUAUUAGUGACCACACAAACAUAGCCACAUAAGUUUGCAUUACAUAUGUACGUGUGUAGUGUAAACUCUCUGCACAUAAAUACGAGCCAAUCUAUUUAAUUCAGUUUCAGUGCAUUUAUAAAUUAAUAAAAUGUACAUUAAAUACGGAGAGCGAGUGCGAUUGUGAGUGUAUACGUAUAUAAGCUCAUUACACGGACGCAGCGAACGUGAGUCUUGGAAUAUUGCAAACACAAAACAAAAAAUAAAUAAAUAACGAGGAACCAGUUUCACCUUGAGGAGCAAUACCUAGUGCACACUCACACCACCGCCAUCACAAUCACACACAUGCACAGCAUAUGCAGUGAACGCGAGUAUUUUGCUAAAUGAAACAGCCCGAUCAGACUGCGACUACGAAUACAUAGUUCACAUAGUGCAUAGCAUAUAUAGUGCAUAGCAUAUAUAGCUCAUAAUUCGUGAUAAAGGCCCUGGACAAACCGAACCCAAACCCGAAUCCGAACCAGAACCAGAACGAAAACCCUCCGCUUAUCGGUAACCCACCACUGCCACUGGUUCUGCGACUAUGAUUAAGCGGGGAUCGGGACAACUGCCUUGGGAUACAGAUACCGACUCUGAGAUGCAGAUGACCAUCCAGAUACCCCAAUAUCACUGAAUGUGGAAAGAUGAUAGCUAAGCCCAACCAGGCCACCACCGAACCACCAUUCAGUUUUCGCCCCGGAGCAGUGCCAACGGUUCCAGCAACCACCCCAGCGAGUAUAAAGAGUCCAGCCCCAAAACCGGAGCCACCACUACUACCCCGCACUUCGCAACCCCAAUCCCCAAAGACUCGAACACAAAGCCAGCCAGCUAUUACUCAUCCAGCGGCUGUGGCUUCGCCUUCCGCGCCUGUUGCUGCAGCUGCACCGAACCCCGACACCCACACCCACACCCCCAACCUCAAUCCCAGCCAUCCGCACCUCGUAACCCCCCAAUCCGAAUCCAAUAUGGACGGCGAAAGAUCUCCGAGCCACAGCGGCCAUGAAAUGACACUGAACAUGAACGGCAUCGAUUCCAGCCUGGUGUUCGGAUCUGCACGGGUUCCUGUCAACUCCAGCACCCCGUAUUCGGAUGCAACUCGAACCAAGAAACAUUCGCCCGGCCAUAUUAAGCGACCUAUGAAUGCCUUCAUGGUGUGGAGCCAGAUGGAACGGCGGAAGAUCUGCGAGCGGACGCCGGACCUGCACAACGCCGAGAUAUCCAAGGAGCUGGGCCGGCGGUGGCAGCUCCUCAGCAAGGACGACAAGCAGCCCUACAUCAUCGAGGCCGAGAAGUUGAGGAAGCUGCACAUGAUCGAGUAUCCCAACUACAAGUACAGGCCCCAGAAGAAGCAGACGCGAUCCCCGGGAUCGCUGAAGCAGAGUCCGGACGCAGACGGCUGCGAAACUAAAAAUGACACGCCCAACAACUCACUGACCACGACCAAUCUUGCAAUUAAUGGAGCCACCACUACCAACACUGCCGGUCGGAAAAGCAAAAGAUCUACCUCUACAUGUCAAACUGGUUCAGUUUCGAAGCGACUAAGGAACGAUUCGGGUGAUAACUCCAAGCCUAAAUACGAAGUAAAGGAGGAGCCUGCCGAGCAGCACAAUAACAAUACCGUGGAUAUUAUCCUACCCUCAGCCGAUAAUCUAUUAAGCUACCAAUCAUCUGAAUACUUACCUCUAAGCACGAAUAGCAGUGCCGAGUGCGAUGAGAAGCUACACUCAGACCUGAGCACGGGUCCGCUGGACGCCGACGUGGUGCAUCGCUUCCUGCCGCUCUUCUUCACCAGCAACGAGGACUCGCAGCUGGAGGUGCACUCCUCGUCGCACAGCCACCACCACAACCAGUCGGAUCCCACGGCGGGCCUGCUGGACGAUCGCGAGGAGCUGUCCUCCGAGGAGGUGCUGCGCUAUUUGCCCUACCUGGAGGUGAACUCCUCGUCGGCCGGUGGGCACAACUCGCUCAAGGUGGAGCUGGAGCCCAGCCUCAAUGAGCCCGUGUUCGACUCCGAGGACAAUAUUGUGAACGAUGCCAACUUGCACUCGGCCAGCCAUCAAAUACCUCCAUAUGUGCCUGAUAGCCACGACUGCUUUGCGGAGGAUUGCGGCGGAGGUGGUGGCGGCGGUGGCGGCGGCGGCGGGGACUGCUCCUCCCACCAGGAGCUCGAGUUCGAGGUGGUGCGUCCGCAGACCGUCACGAUGACCAUGACCUGCACGCUGCCCUACGGCGGCCCGGAUGGGGGGCACACAUUCCAGAACGACGACUUCAACCCAAUGCCGUCGGCCGCCGAGGACAGCGACUGCAGCAUACUGACCACCUCCAACUCGCCGCAGAUCGGCUUCGGCAAUGGCAGCGUCUUCGUGGAGGCGGACGCCAUCGGGAACACUUGUACAUACGCCCAACAAGACUACGCCGGAAAUGUAAUUGAAACACACAAUGAUCUCAACUACGCCGCACACGAUAACAACGGAGCUCUACUAGCUUACACAUUUGAGGACUUGCCGCCUCAGCCAACCGGUAGUCAUUUAGAAUUUAACACUAACAAGUACGAGUUUGCAAGUUAUUAUAAAAUGUGAGAGAUAUUUAAGUUUUGUGUAAUUUAUAACUAAUCUAAUUGUACGUUUAUAAUUUUACACCAAAUUAUAUAUAUAUAUAUAUAUAUAUAUGUAUAUGUAUAUGUAUAUCUAUACAGAUAAAUACUAUAUAUUCCAUAAAUUCUAUAUACAAAACAAACAACAACAAAAAAACGAGAAUAAAAUGCAUUGCA